AUGUUUCCUACAAGGUUACUACGAGCGAGCCACGGCGAGAGGCCCAACAUCACCGGCUUCGACGUCAGAAAGUUCGUCGCCUCAUCUGGCCAGCCGAGAUACGACCCAUGGGAGAGAGCCGAGGCAUGGCGCUACACUGGGCAGUUCUCGAGGUGGAACCGAUUCAAGCGUGGCUUCCCCGGCCUGGGAAUUGCCACUGUGGCCUUCGCCGCCUACUGCGGAUAUGAGUACCUCUUUUUGAAGGAUGACCACCACCACGGCGACGAGCCUGCCACUACUGCCGGACACUAG